UGUGCAGAGCAGACGGCUCGAGGAGGAUCAACCUCAAAGAUCCAUCUGAAGACGCAGUGGGUCGCCCAGGAAAUCCCUUGACAGUUGAAUAUUUUGACUACUCUAGUUCUUAGUUUUGAUGUUAUUUCGUUUUUUUUUUGUUUAGUUUUAUUUUCAAUGAGAACGUUACAGACGAACAUCUCUUCAAUAGGCUUCCGGUAGAAGCUUUUGGGGGCUAUUAGUUAGGCUACUUACAGUUUUAUCGACUGGUCUCCAGAAGUGAAGAUAAAGGAAACGGAAAAGGAAAGUGUGAGGAGACGGAAGGCAAUACAUACCUUGUACAAAACAACGACCUGUAGGAUUUAAACAAAAAAAUAUAUAUGUUCAUGUUAAUCCUAUCAAACAGAAAAUAGAAGUCUUCAGUCUAACAAAUAUGAAAUGACAUGCAUUUCAAAGCCAGCGCAGACUUAAACUGCUCUCGAAUUGGAUUUGUAGUUGACACGUUUUUUUUUAUAUAUCUCGUUGUAGUUUAUAUUUUUGUAUCAUUAUUUUAUUCCCAUAUUUGCGGAAUAAAAUAUCUUGCAAUGUGCGGAUUAAAAUAGUUGGUUUUGAUGUAACAAAUAUAUUUGCUAUGUUUAUUUGAGACAAUAAAAUAGAUAGAAUUACGACCAAAAAUAAAGUUUCAGCAAUAUAUCUAGUAGGCGUACUUGUGUCCUUCGGUAAUUGUAACGCAAAGUUGAUGUGACAUAUAGGCUACACAAGCACUCUUGAUGUAUAGGCAUUACAUGCAUUGAAGACAAAAGCAGAGACACCUGCCACUUUGUCCGGGACUUCGCGAGCUUCGAAUCCGACACUGUUUUCUCCACAGGCUACACCAAAAAACAAUAACGGUCAAGUGACAGAACCUGAACAGAGAUAUUUUUUUCCGGUUGCAAAAUGUUGUUCUCCAAAGUGGACUAUAGCAAAGUUUCGGUCAGCAAACUACAGUGAGCUAUAUGAAGAUCGAGACACAGAUUUUCCCUCGCAGAAAUGCCAGUGCGAAUGCCAGUGCGAACCACAAGGUUCAUGUACAAGGGAAAUUGCACUAUUCCAGAUAUCCUAUCAUACCGGACCCCCAUUAACCUGCCCGAGGAUGAGGUGGAAGAGAUCCGUGAGGCCUUCAAGGUGUUUGACCGAGAUGGAAACGGAUACAUCUCAAAGCAGGAGUUGGGGGUGGCUAUGCGGUCACUGGGAUACAUGCCCAAUGAGGUGGAGCUGGAGAUUAUUAUCCAAAGGCUGGACAUGGAUGGAGAUGGCCAGGUUGACUUCGAGGAAUUUGUUGCACUGCUUGGACCUAAACUUAUUGCUGCUGGGAUGCCUGAUAAGUUCCAUGGGGCGGACUUUGACUCAGUAUUUUGGAAGUGUGACAUGUCGAAGCUGACAGUGGAUGAGCUGAAGAGGCUACUGUAUGACACCUUCUGUGACCAUCUCACCAUGAAAGACAUCGAGAACAUCAUCAUGACCGAAGAGAGCCACCUGGACAGUCAAGCGUGCCAAGUGGACAUUGACACCAGCCCAACACAACAGAAGCACACAUGUGUGCGGAAGAGCCUGAUUUGUGCCUUCGCCUUUGCAUUUAUCAUCAGCGUAAUGCUUAUUGCAGCUAACCAGAUGCUUCGUAGAGGUAUGAAGUAGAAAGCCCCGUCCUCCACUACCAGAAGGGUUGUUUCCUAUGUUAUCCUUUCACACUCAACCCAGUGACUAAGCAUAGACAAAUUGAACUGAUAGAUAGGAACCAAAAUAACAUGUAAUUUUUUUCAGAGACAUAUAUUUAAUGACCAUUCUGUCCUGAGAUCCAUUUAGAGCCAAAACACAGACUGAACACCCUGAUACCAAAACUGUCAACUGGACUAAUGGAUAUAGGCCAGGAACCUGAGGAACAAAAUGUCUUGUUUACCCUUCACCAUUAGUUUUAGAUGUUCUGAAGGUUACCACCAAACACACUGUAUCAUACACAAAAAGAAAGAACGAAUACUAAGCAAUUAUACAAUCUCUUUGAUUCAACUCACCAUAAUGUUGCCCUAUACCAUUCACAAGGUCAUUUAUUAGCCUUCUAUUUCCUAUGAGAUAAAUGAGUAAAGCUGUAGUGUCUGUGCUCUAUUGCUAACCAUGUUGUCUGAAACAUAUCGACAUUACUAGUGUAUAUCAUGUGGCAUUACAGCCUGCCCUUGCAAAGCACGUAGCCAAUGGCAUUUUUUCCCCCUACAUACAUUUGUAUUCAACAGCACAUAAAGAACAUGCACAGUACAUACACAACAUAACUCUGCAGUACCAACGGCAGUUUCUAAAGAAAGUAUCCGACCUGUUGUAGAGAAGGCAUUUAGAGAUAUGGAGAUAUCAUUUGGGGAAUUUAGAGAUGUGGAGAUAUCAUUUGGGGUAUUUAGAGAUGUGGAGAUAUCAUUUGGGGUAUUUAGAGAUGUGGAGAUAUCAUUUGGGGAAUGUAGAGAUGUGGAGAUAUCAUUUGGGAAAUUUAGAGAUGUGGCGAUAUCAUUUGGGGAUUUAGAGAUAUCAUUUGGGGAAUUUAGAGAUGUGGCGAUAUCAUUUGGGGAUUUAGAGAUAUCAUUUGGGGAAUUUAGAGAUGUGGCGAUAUCAUUUGGGGAUUUAGAGAUAUCAUUUGGGGAAUUUAGAGAUGUGGCGAUAUCAUUUGGGGAUUUAGAGAUAUCAUUUGGGGAAUUUAGAGAUGUGGCGAUAUCAUUUGGGGAUUUAGAGAUAUCAUUUGGGGAAUUUCGUAGACACAGAUAAUAAUAGUUAUCAUCAGCAAACCUGAGAUGCAUCUGCCAAUCUCUAUCUCUUGAGUCACUGUUCCGAUUGCUGUCUCACCCCAAUUCUCCUUCUAAACACACAGCACAUGUACAUGUAAAUAAUACCACGUAGUAUGAUUUGUGUACUUCCUCUGUGGUGUUUACCUUCAAAGUCAGAUGUAUUUAUUGAAAUGAUUAUGCAAAUUAUAGUUAUUAUUGCAAAAAAGUACACCGUAGAUUAAUGUUUUGUGUAAAUAUUUAUAUUCGGUGAAUGUGGAGACAGUUUCAAAGGAUAUUUAAACAUAUUUUUUGUUUGGCUUUUGACAUGGUCCACCAAAAACAACAUUAAGCUAUUGUUUAGAUUUUUACAUGGUUCUAUUUUCUUAAUAAAAGAAGAGAUACUUUAUAUCAAAGAUCAAGAUAUCAAGAAUGCAAACAUGUACUUUUUUUAAAAAAUUAGGGUUCUUAUGUAUGAUUCCCAGGUUUACUGAAACAUCAUUCUAACACAUUUAGUAACCUGCUAAUUGCCAUGUACUUAAAUUUGACAUUUUGCUCUUUUGUCAUAUUUCUUUUUUAGAAAUCUAUGUUUUCUCCUUAUCAUAUAUGAAGAAUUUAACUAUCAUUUUAAUGAAAUGCUAUAUAUAUUCUCUUGCUCUUUUUAUCACAAGCUGAAUCAAGUCUGUAUCAUACCAGAAAAUAGUAUAUCAAAUAAUGAAAAAGAACAGGGCUUGCAAUAGUCUACCUUGAUGAGGGUGACAAAAUGUUGCUCGGUUAUCUGUUCAUAUAUGAGAAAUAACUAUUUGACAUUAUAUGCAUUUGCGCAAAUGUGAAAUAGCCAGUGUAAUAGACAAUACAUACAAAAAUAGUAAAGCAAUGAUAUUGUAUAUGACCGAUGUUACAUUGCAUUAAUGAGGAGAGAUAUGUUAAUGUACAGUUUGUUGAGAGUGAUCUGAUGUUUUUUCAUAUCCCUCAAUGUGUUGUCAUAUGAAGCAGUUUUGUUCUCUAUAUGUGACUGUGAUUUUCAUCAAGUCAAACAUAGUGCAGCUCUGAUACUUUGUGCCAAACGAGGGGGGGGGGGGGGGGAAAUGCACAUAUCAAUAAUUUCAGAAUAUCAUGUUUUAAGGAUCGAAUAUUCUUGAUAGAAACAUAACUUGCAAACAAAUGUAUUUCUUAUCAGAAACAAAUGUCUUGCAAAUAAAAACUAACGCAAUAUACUGUAUACUGUAUGGACAUGGUGUAUAGAAAUGACCUCUCAUGUGAACCCGUCAAGUGUCCUCGCACUGUCUGUUGUUGCCUUUGGUUGAACUUUCUAAGGCAUUCUUUCAGCAUCAGUAAUCUCAUCCUAUGCACUGUAAUUGCACAUAUGUACCCGUCACCGCAUCAAAUAUACAUUUAUAAACAUGAUGUCUGGAUGCAUGUUGUCCAAUAAACAAACACAAACGUUAA